AUGGAAAAUGCUGACCCGAACAUCACCAGAGUCCAGCACGUCGCGAAAUCAUCGUCCGACCAGCUUCUGAGGAAAUUCGCCGUGGUGGGUCCCGAUAAAAACGACAAAUUUGCAGCCAAGGACCUGAGACUGGCCAAGCGGGUAAAGCGAAAAGUUUGUGCUGGCCAUGGUAGUAGCUUACCGGAGAAAAAAUCGCUUCUUGGUCCCCUUAAUGUUCAUAAAUCAGCCGCAUUGUUUCGGAGGCUGGGGAUGAGCAAGGCCAAGAUCAGGGCCAGGGAGAUUAAGAACAAGUCGAUCAUAACUGCACUUGAGAAGACAUGGCGAAGAACUGUGGAAGGGGCAUCGAGGGUGCUGAUGGAGAAUCAUUACAACCGACACAAACGCCUGAUAAACGACUCGUACUAA